AUGGGGUCAUGGAAUAAUAUCUUGGCCUUCCUCCGUGGUGGACGCAGCUCCACUCGGCCGAGGCUCUUAGAGCUCCGGUCCGCGAGGUGGUUCAUUCUGUUCACUGUUUCUUUUGCUGCGAGCACAGAUAUUGUCAUGUAUGGGCUGAUUGUGCCUGUCACACCUACGGCCUUGGAGCGCAGGGUGGGCCUCGCUGCAGAUCAAGUUCUCCUAGCUUUGUACUCUGCGUCCAUGCUAGCCCUUUCCCCUAUAAUCGGGUAUAUUGCGGACCGAGCUGAGUCCCGGCGAUGGCCGUUCCUCCUUGGUUUAAUUCUUCUAGCGGCCGCAACUGCCUUGCUAUGCGUUGGAACCAACAUCGGUCUCUGGAUUGCCGGUCGCGUAUUCCAAGGUGCCACUGCGGCAGUCGUCUGGACCGUUGGCAUCGCACUGUUGGUUGAUACCGUGGGGAAAGAAGGCCUGGGACAAGCCAUUGGAUAUGUAUCCAUGUCCCUCAGUGUCGGCACGCUGGCUGGUCCUCUUCUUGGCGGCGUCCUCUACCAAGAUGGUGGUUACUAUUCUGUUUUUGGGCUUGCCUUCGGCUUGAUUGGGAUUGAUAUCUUCCUGCGGCUAAUAUUGAUCGAGAAAAGCCAUGCUGCGCGGUGGCUCGUUUCGGAGGGCAAGCCUUCAUCGCCCGAGCACCAUGGCAGAGAAACGAUCCUAGACGGAAGUACACAGAAUCUGCCCGCAGCCAGCGAUCAUGUAUCGGCGGAGAACUCCGAAAAGCCUUCAAUUCGCGCUCGAAAUCCCUUCGGGCAGGCCGUCACUCUCUUGAGCUCUCCUCGUCUCGUCGUUUCGCUCUGGGGCUACUUUAUCGUGUCUUUGGUUCUCACCUCUUUCGACAGUGUGCUCCCGCUUUUCGUUCAGAAGACCUUUGGCUGGCAGCAGACUGGCCAAGGACUCGUGUUCAUUCCCCUGAUGGUCCCGCACAUCAUGGACCCCGUGACUGGUUAUAUGAUUGAUCUAUACCCACGUGCCCCCCGUUACAUCGCGGCCGGUGCCUUUCUCUGCGCUGUUCCUGUUGCCGUUCUUCUGCGCCUCGUCACUGAGAACACCAUGCAUGAUAAGAUUGUACUUUGUGUGUUGUUGGCGCUGCUGGGCCUUUGUGAGGCUGUCGCAAUGCCUCCUCUUGUCGCGGAGGUCUUCCACGCUGUUAAGGAGAAGGAAGACGAAUCGCCUGACAGUUUUGGCAAAGGGGGUGCGAUGGCGCUAGCCUUUGGUUUGUCCAACAUGGGCUUCGCAGCAGGCAGUUUGAUCGGACCGUUCUUCGCGGGCUUCAUUCGACAGGAUGCUGGUUGGGGUACUAUGGGGUGGGCCAUGGCCCUCGUCUCCGGAGUGUCUGCUCUUCCUGUUCUCUUAUUUCUUGGAGGUUGGAUCGGAAGGAAGCCGCCGCCUCCAAAUGGCCCUGCUCAAUGCAUGUCGGACUGA